AUGAACAAUUCUCAACAACAACUAUUUGAUACCACCAACAUUACUACUGCUACUCCUAAUGCACCUAAUACUCCUACUAUUACCAAUGUUCAUGAAUCAUCAAGUAAGAAGAGGAAGGCUAAAUCCAAAGCCUAUGAAAUUGUCGAUUCUACUACCAUCACUGCUACUACUCCCAAAUCAAAAAAGAGAAAGACAAAAGCUUCAAAUGAUUCAAUUCCAAACACUUCAUCAUCUUCUCCAAACGAUUCAGCAAGCCUUGGAAAUAGUUCAACUAUCACUACUACUACUGCUACUCAAUCACCUAAAAGGAGUAGAAAAUUAAAUUUAGGACUUCAAAGUAAUGAUUUUAAAACAUUAAUAGAAUUCAAUAGAUUUCUUUCAGAAUUGAAUGAACAAGAAGAUAUGAAACAAUCAAUUGAAGCAAUACUUCCAAGAUUUAAAUUUGAUUUUUUAAAGGCUUUAAUUGUUUCAUGUAGGAAAAUUACACCUAAAUAUUUAACUAAUUAUAGAUCUCAUCAAACAAAGUAUCAAACAUUACUUCAAAUUAUUUCUGUAAAAUCUGAAACUUUAAAUUUAAUUAAAUUAAUAACAAAUGAAAAUGAUAAUAACAUUUGUAAUAAUAAUAAUAAUACUAUUAAAUCAGUUGUAAAUAAUUUUGAAAUGGAUAAUUAUAAUGAUAUUGUUAACAAUACAAAACAAACUACUAAUGAUGUUCCAACAAUUAGUCAAUCAAAUGAAGGAAUAGUAUUAGAUUGGCAUUCUUAUUGUGAUAUUACAUUAGAUUUAAUUCAAUCAACAUAUCUUCCAUUUUCCACUACUACAACUAAUAAUAUCCUUAAUAAUACUAAUGAAUUUAAUACUGUUAAUAAUAAUAAUAUUGAAAUUAAUAAUACUAAUACUAAUAAUAAUAAUAAUAAUAAUACUAAUACAGUUAAUAAUAAUGUAAUUGAUGAUUCAUUUAGUUUUUCAGAUUUUCUUGAUUGUUCUUCUGAAAUUGUUCCAUCCAAUGAAAGAAACAAUGAAGAAUUAAUUAAUGAUUUAAUGAAACAAUUAAAUGAAAAGAAUCAACAAAUUGAACAAUUAAAUAGAAUGUUUCAAUUACAAGAAACUUAUAAUCAAAAUCUUUUAAAUUUAAUUCAAACAUUUAAAAAUAAUUUAUAUGAAUUUGAUCAAAUUAAUAAUAAUAAUAAUAAUUUUAUUUAA